CUUAUUGGUUGCAAAAGAUGGAAUAAAGUUAUGUACUAGUAAAUAGUAAUUUUAUUGUAAACUAUCCAGUACCUGAGAGAGAGUAGCAUCUGAGUCUUGUGUUUAGCGUAGGGGAUUGAAAAUGAGUAUGUACGGUAGGGAUCCGUGGGGAGGGCCGUUGGAGAUCCACGCCACAGACUCCGCCACCGACGACGAGCGCAGCCGGAAUCUCCAGGAGCUGGACCGAGGCGCUUUAGACGAGACACAACAGAGCUGGCUCUUGGGCGCCGGAGAACAGAAAAAGAAGAAGAAAAGGUACGUAGAUCUUGGCUGCAUCAUCGUCAGCCGCAAGCUCUUCAUCUGGACACUCGGCACUCUCGCCGUCUGCGCCUUCCUCGCCGGCUUCAUCACCCUCAUCGUCAAAACCGUCCCCCGCCACCACCACAAGCCACCCCCUCCCGACAACUACACCAUCGCCCUCCACAAGGCCCUCCUCUUCUUCAACGCCCAGAAAUCCGGAAAGCUCCCUCGCCACAACAAUGUUUCCUGGAGAGGCAACUCCGGGUUGCAGGACGGCAAGGGUGACGGCGUGCCGCCCGUCAUUAAGGAUCUGGUGGGCGGUUACUACGACGCCGGCGACGCCAUAAAAUUCAACUUCCCCAUGUCCUUCUCCAUGACCAUGCUGAGCUGGAGCGUGAUCGAGUACAGCGGCAAGUACCAGGCUGCGGGUGAGUUGGGUCACGUGAAGGACAUCAUAAAGUGGGGGACCGAUUACCUUCUCAAGAACUUCAACAGCACCGCCGACACCAUCACCCAGCUGGGCAUGCAGGUUGGAUCAGGGGACACCUCCCAAGGUAGCACCACUCCCAACGACCACUACUGCUGGAUGCGUCCCGAGGACAUCGACUACGACCGCCCCACCCAGACCUGCACCACAUGCUCCGAUCUGGCCGCCGAGAUGGCCGCGGCGUUGGCGGCGGCAUCGAUUGUGUUCAAGGACAACAGGGCCUAUUCGCAGAAGCUGGUUCACGGGGCGACCACGCUCUUUAAGUUCUCUAGGGAUUCGAGAGGUAGGUACAGUCCAAAUGGGAGGGAGGCUUCUGUAUUCUACAAUUCCACCAGCUAUUGGGAUGAGUUUGUUUGGGGAGGGGCAUGGAUGUACUUUGCCACUGGUAAUUCCUCUUACCUCAAGCUCGCUACCACUCCUCGCCUCGCCAAACACGCUGGCGCCUUCUGGGGAGGCCCCGACUAUGGCGUCCUCAGCUGGGAUAACAAGCUUACUGGUGCUCAGGUUCUUCUCAGUCGUUUGAGGUUGUUCCUCAGUCCUGGUUAUCCCUAUGAAGAAAUUUUAAGCACAUUUCACAAUCAGACCGGCAUAGUCAUGUGCUCCUACCUCCCAAUGUUCACCAGCUUUAAUAGAACAAGGGGUGGCUUGAUUCAAUUGAACCAUGGCAGGCCUCAGCCUCUCCAAUAUGUUGUCAAUGCAGCCUUUUUGGCUGCUCUUUACAGUGAUUAUCUCGAUGCUGCUGAUACACCUGGAUGGUAUUGUGGACCCAAUUUCUUCUCGACUGAUGUCCUUCGAGACUUUGCAAAGACCCAGAUUGAUUACAUCCUUGGGAAGAACCCUCGGAAAAUGAGCUAUAUUGUAGGUUUUGGUAAUCAUUAUCCAAAACAUGUUCACCAUAGAGGUGCGUCUAUACCGAAGAACAAGGUUAAGUACAACUGUAAAGGAGGAUGGAAAUGGAGGGACUCAUCCAAGCCAAACCCACAUACAAUUGUUGGUGCUAUGGUUGCUGGUCCUGACAAGCACGAUCAUUUCCAUGAUGUCCGAACCAACUACAACUACACUGAGCCAACUCUAGCAGGAAAUGCAGGUUUAGUAGCUGCACUUGUGGCAUUGUCCGGUGAUAAAACCACCGGUAUAGACAAAAACACCCUUUUCUCUGCUGUUCCCCCAAUGUUUCCCACACCACCACCACCUCCAGCACCAUGGAAACCAUGAGGUGUUGUAUUGUGUCAUUCAUUGUCCUCCUUUCCAUCAAGUGCCAAAAGUGACUUCAUGAUUUUGAAGAUGGAGGUAGUAGAUCUAAGAAGUCAAGGACGGCCGCACGUGAAAAAAUGGAAGUAGUGAAAACUAGGCCUAGUGAUUCUAGUUUGUCUAGGAACAAUCUUUGGUUUAAGAUUAGCAUUAAAAUUUCAUAAUGGUACUUGAGACUGUCUUUUGUCUACUUGUUUUUUUGUUGUUGUGAUAUACAUAGUAUGUAUGUAUCAAAUCUUGAAUUCUUUAAACGUGCAAAACGAACAGCAUGUAAUGUAGGUGUCACGUUUUGAUUUAUAAUGUCUUAUAGUUACCUUGCUCAA